AUGAAUUACACAGCCAACAGUACAUAUCAAACCAAUCUCAAUCUCUUACUCUCAUCUCUCGCAACUACAUUCGCAGACACCAACACAAUUCCUCCAUAUGGUUACCGUAACAUUACAGUCGGAAGUAAUCCAAAUACUGUUUAUGGAUCCUUACACUGCCGUGAGAAUAUUGCACCGGCUAUAUGUGCAGUAUGUGUUCAGAUUGCAACUGAAAGGGUUAUGCAAGAUUCCGGGUGUCCAAAUAAAAAAACAGCCAUUCUUUUCUACAAUGGAUGUAUUUUAAGGUAUUCGGAUGAGAAUUACUUUUCGAUCUUGAAUGAAGAACCGUCCGUUGUUUUAGUGUUUGUGGAUAAUAGCAUCGCAAACCAAGUUGGGUACAUAGACUUAGUAACUGGAUUACUGGAUGGUUUAGCGAUUGAAGCUGUUACUAAUACUUCUAUUAGUCCUUCUUUAUACGCUACUGGUUCAGCAACUUACAAUACAUCUAACAAAGUUUAUGCAAUGGUUCAGUGUACACCAGAUUUGGCACUAACUCUCUGUAGUAAAUGUCUUAGAUCAGCUCUUGGGAAAUUACCUUCUGGUGCCCAAGGGGCAAGAGUUCUUUUUCCAAGCUGUACUCUCAGAUUUGAGUAUAAUCCUUUUUACGGGAAUUAUAUGUAUACAACUCGAGCACCACCUCCGAUUCUUCAAGCAUCACCUCCUCCAACUCUCCAACCGCCAUCAAAUACAACUUAUUCAAAGGGAAAGGAUUCAUCAAAGAUUGUUGUUAUGAUCGCCAUUCCAUUGGUGGCAGUUCCAGAUACAAAUCCAGAUAUUCAAAAUGCAGAAUCCUUAUUAUUUGACUUUUUCAAUGAUAUAAACGCUGCAACAGAUAACUUUUCUGAGGAUAAUAAGUUGGGAGAAGGUGGAUUUGGCCCUGUUUAUAAGGGUAUACUAUCCAAUGGAGAAGAAGUAGCUGUCAAAAGACUUUCUAAAAACUCAAGCCAAGGUGAUCAAGAGUUUAAGAACGAAGAGAAACUACUCGUGUACGAGUUGAUGAAGGCCAGUCUAGAUCAUUUCAUAUUCGAUACUAUGAAGCGAAUGCAUUUAGAUUGGGAGAAACGAUACAAGAUUAUUGGAGGAAUUGCUAAAGGUCUUGUUUGUCUUCAUGAGGAUUCUCGGCUCAGGAUAAUUCAUCGAGAUCUCAAAGCUAGCAAUAUAUUAUUAGCCGAAGAUAUGAUUCCAAAAAUUUCAGAUUUUGGAAUGGCUAGGCUGUUUAAGGUAGAUCAAAGUCAAGCUAAUACAAGCAGUGUUGCAGGAACAAUUAUUGUUGAUAGACCUACCAUGUCCACGGUCAUCAUAAUGCUUAGCAGCAACUCCAUGACUUUCCCAUUACCUACACAACCUGCAAAUUUCGUGCCCGGCCAAGCAGUGGAAAAAGAGACAUGGAAAGACAAUGAGGCAUCCGUUUCUGAAUUGGAUCCUCGUUAA